AUGGCCGCGAAGCCUACCGUUGCCACAUACUCCAUUACCACAAACUUCAUAAAAACGUCAUGCAGAGCCACUAGCUAUCUUGCGUUGUGUUUUCACUCUCUCUCGGGUUAUGCCAGUACAAUACAACAGAGUGAUCAACAAUUAACUCAAGCUUCCUUGUCAGUGAGCUUGACCAGGGCUCGAUUGGCUGCAGUGUUCGUCUCCAAGAUGACUAAAACUUCAGGCAUCAAGCCUAGGGAGUACCAAGCUGUGAAAGAUUGCAUUGUUAACAUAGGUGAUGCCAUAUACAAGCUCAAUAGAUCAGUUCAGGAGCUAGGCCAGAUGGGUAAAGCCGCUCAGGACUUUGCGUGGCACAUGAGCAAUGUGCAGACGUGGGUCAGCUCCACAUUACCCAUCAGUACCGCGCUCACCAGGGAGAGCACUUGUGUUGAUGGAUUUUCUGACCAAGGCGUGGAAGGAAAUGUGAAGACUGCUAUUAAGAAUAGGGUCACCAAUAUUGCACAACUCACUAGUAACACACUUGCGCUGGCGAGCUGCUAUGCAGCAAGACACAAAGCUGCUUCGACCACCAACGUUCCUUGA